AUGCAUGAGAGAGAUGAUUGCGAGAGUUUACGGCAUAAAACGAAAGGGCAGACAAUCCUCUGUGCAUAUUUGAUCGAACAAUCGCCAAAUCCAACAGUUCAAGAUCACACCGGAGUUCUUCAACUCCAUUGCAAACUUCCCGAUGAUUCUGAUCUCGAAGUAGGAGGCCUAUUUUUAUUUCAUAUUUUCUAUGACCAAGGUGAGCCAUUUUUAAAUUCUCUAGUUUCAUUUUUUCAUCGAAAAUAAUUUAGAAGGUCAGCAAUCAUGCAAUCGAAUUACUCCAAUUCCCAAGGUUCUUUAUGGAGUUUACAAACAACUAUUGGAUAAUUUUCGUGACGAGAAGACACAUUUUUCUUUCUGA